GUGUCAAAUCUUUUGUUUUGUGCCACGCUAAUCUGGAGGCUAGGCUAGUUAGCUUUGUUAUUACCUGAUCUGUACCCGAUUCGGAUUGCCGCAUUCGUAGUUGUCGUUAAUAAACAAAAUUUACUCUUUGAAACACGAUUGGUAUCUUCUAAUGCAGCUUCGGGUAAAUAUUUAUUUUAAUUUACUUAUUUCUUGCCAGCAUAGCGUUAUUUCACGAUGUGUUUAAUAAAGAAAAUCAUAGCCUAAAAUAAACUUCCAAAACCGGUUCAAAUCGGGUAGGAACAAAUGGGAGAAUGACGACUUGUUCUCAUUGCUAAUCGCGGCUCUCUACACGGAUGUUGACCUGACUUAGCCUUCCUCCUCUUCCUCCUCCUCGCUGCUGCCACGACAACCAACCACCCGGCCUCCUCUUCUCCAAUCACUGCACCCUUCCACAGCACCACCAUGUACUGCCUCCAGUGGCUGCUGCCGGUACUGCUCAUCCCCAAGCCGCUCAACCCGGCGCUCUGGUUCAACCACUCCAUGUUCAUGGGCUUCUACCUGCUCAGCUUCCUGUUGGAGAGGAAGCCCUGCACAAUCUGCGCCCUGGUCUUUCUGGCCGCGCUCUUCCUGAUCUGCUACAGCUGCUGGGGCAACUGCUUCCUGUACCACUGCCCCGACUCCGCCCUCCCCAACUCUGCCCACGACCCGGCCAUAGUGGGCACCUAGAGGCCGCCAAGACGCCGUACCCACUGUCGGAGGGUACCGAGAUGGAGGACUGAAAAAAAGUGUGAGAAAAAAGGGAUGGGGGACUGAUGCUGCCAUGCUGUAUGAACAGACUUAAUAAAAAGCGAAAAAAUGCAGAAAAAAACGUGUUAAAAUGCGUUUUUGGGUCAAGCUGUAGAGACUUGUUCUACUAAGAAGAACACGUGCGGACAUGACAAAGCAUUUCACUUUUAAAUUUUAGUCUUGAGGGUUUUUUUUAAAUCACAAUUUUCAGUAUUUCCCGUUCACCAGUCUCCAAACGACCCAAAUUUACGAAAUGUGUUUGAAAGACUAUAUUUAAGAAAGAAAAACUACCAAAAAUGUACGUUUUUGGAGCUUUCAAAAUGGCCAACUGGGCUAUGUUCUACAGAGAUUUUUCCACCAUCAAGCAGCGGUUAUCUAAUUGUCAAUAAUUGAAAUUCAGACGUUGAUUUCCAAAAAAAACCCAACUUGCUACUACUUGGAUUUUGUGUUAAUCAUUUUAUCUUUCAAAAAUUUUAUCUGCAAGACUGCUAAUCCAUAAUUCUCCAAAGUGAGAAGACUGGACAAUCACUUCCAAUGCUGUGAAUACCCUCUAAAACUACAUUACCCAGGAUGCUUUGCGAUUGACUUCAGAAUCUCCUCACCUUUUUCCAUUUUGCUAAAUCCGGCGGAAGUUUCACCCACCUCUCGUUUUGUUGCUGUUCACUUGUGGUCCACUAGUGCAUGGGUUGCCUUUUUAGGGUUUUUUUUCUUCCACGCAAGGUAUUUUAACAGUUUUAAGAUGAAAUUGCUGAUCAUUUUUGUUCCAAAGGGUAGGAUCGUGUGAAUGUGCGAGAGGUAGUGCAAUAGUUUGGGUGUUCAUGACAUGCUGGUUUGACGGGGAGACACAAUAAGGCCCGAUAAAAGACCAAUAAGAAAUGCAAGAGUUUGACAGCGGUUUCUGUUGACAUUAAAAAACUGUACUUGCAAUUACGAUUAAGUUUGACGUUUAAAAGUGCAUUGUGUAACUUUUUUCUGCUUUUCUCCAUGGAGACGUUGUUGCUCUGAGAUGUUUCACAGUACGGCCUUCGACCUUUCUAUCGUUAUGUAGACCAAACCAGGUGAAGUUACAGGUCAGAUCGGUGUUUUUCUAAGUAUUUUUGAGCAUUAAAGUCACUUGUAGUUGAAUAAAUGUAAGUUAGAGCUGUUUAAUGUCAUACUGUGGGAUCUUUGAAGCAGAGCAAUGGCGUAUCCAUAGAAACAAGACGGUGAUGGACCCCUAAAGCAAUAGUAUGUAACUUUCCGAGGGAGGUUUGUGGAGAUGCAAACCCGCUCAGAGUAUGGACGCAUGUUUUUGUCAUGUUUUUCAGCGCAACAAUCGCAACCAGACUGAAAAAACUUGCUUUUAUUUUAGUCUAUUUUCUUUCCAAAAAGUUACAUACUAUGGCUUUAAAUCUUUCAGUUUUUUUGAUGCAUGUUUUCGCUGCUGUGGGCUUUAGGUGGAGUAAACCUGAACAAUGGACGAUACUUUAAUUUUAGCUUUCUUAUUAAACCCAAACGGCAAACACAAUAUGAGAAAAACAUAUCGACAUAAAAAAUGAUUAUUAGAGAUUAGCUUUAGAUAUUUAAAUUGCACUUUUAAAUUCUGCUAAGAAAUUUUGAGCACAUUUAAGACUCAUUUCUGAUAUUUUUCGAAUUCAAAAUGGCUUUUUUCAAGUAGUCCAUUUGUUCCGAGGAUGUUUGAGCUCAAAGCUGACAAAAAACUUCCUGCAAAGUUUUAAGACUUAGUUGAUGUAUUUCAAAUUGAGUCUGUUCGUCCAUUUGUUCCAAGGACGUUUGACAAAAUUUUGUGAUUAGAUUUUAUUUUUUAAAACUGCCUUUUUUCAUUUGAAGGGACAGUAUUACUUUAUUUUCUGAUUUAUGUUAUAAUGUCGUUUCCUCAUCACAAACAUACCCUGGAGUUGUAUUUUGUUUCAUUCACACAUUUAUCACAAACCUGCAUAUUUAGGCUGAGUUUGUCUUUCAAAUUCCACACACUUUCACUGGGAUCUUUUGGAUAAUUUCAGCUCUGGAAUUGCCAAUCUUAACGAAAAUGUAGCUGUUAACUUGAAAACUUACCAAGGUGGAACAGAGCAUUUUGAGUUUUGCAGAUGUAGACAGACUAAUAAAGGAUUCAAACGUAUGAAUGAAACAAAACACAACUCCAGAUGUUUUUGAGGAGGUAACAACAUUAAAACAUGACUUAAACCUCACAAAAGUCAAUAAUAUAGGACCAUUUUUUAUCUCCUCAAGACCAGUAGUUGCUGGAAUAAACUGUAAAUAGGCAAAUUUUAUUUUUCCACUCAACAUCUUCUCAAAAUUGCAAAUGUUCUUCUCCUGUCAACUGGCUCCGCUCUCUUAACUCUCCUUACUGUGUCGGGGCCUCAAAAUGAAACGUGGUCAGUAUUUUCGCCACUCAAAGCAAUAUGAAUGCUGUUGCACGCACUGUGGGAGGUGAGCUGACUGCGCGCUGUGUAUUUCGAUGCUGUUCGGUUAUCUCUAUCAUCUCUAAGUAUUCUGUUGUUGUUUCACACAGUUUAUGGUGUUUACAGCUAGCCCCUGUAGCGGUCAAUAUGAAAUACUGCUGCACUUUUGCUUUGGUUUUAAUUUAAAUAAAGUUUUUUUUCUUCAA